GUAAUUACCUUAGAGACAGCCUCUGCUAAAAAAAGCGAUGCCUCACUGUGAUGUCAAAUAACACUAUAUCCAAUGCGUGCGUUUCAUUGCUUCACAGCAUCAGUAGUUCCUGGUUUAGAGAAGGGAAAAACCCACUUUUUGAUUUGUAUGUAUGUGUGAAUUCUGUGGACACAAUGUUAAGGUGUCAACUGUGCAAAUAUGUCCACAACAAAGGUUGAAAACACACAUUUAUGUAGUCAUUUUAUACCGAAUUGUACCUGUAAGUGAUUUUAACGUUAUGGAAAUAUUUUCAGACACAAAAUAACAGAUACAUUUUGUUUUAAACCAAGCUUCCUGAAAACAAUCUUCCGAAUACAUUAGAAUAUGAAAAAAAAUCAUCGAAAUCCUUAUGCAUUCGCGACCAUAUAAUCGUUUUUUAAAAAAUCCCGAUAACCUGGACAUGGACUCAGAAACAAAUGUCGAUAAAAAGUAUCAAUGACAAGAUUGAAGUAAAUUUAGAAUUUUAUUGAAAACAUUAUUUAGAUGAUAACAAAAUGUAACACUUAUUUUCAUUUUCUAAUAAAAUCUGAGAAUUGUUGAGCUGAUUUGUCUGUAAGUAAUGAACGUGAGCGUAGCAACAGUUGCCGCUUCUGUAACUGCAUUACACCAAUAUCAAACGGAGUCAUAUUUAGAUAAAAGUAUACUACGGUUGGAAUAAAAAGUUAUGUUAUUUUCUGACAACAUUAACUUGUAAUCUAUUACAGAUACCAAUGCCGACCUGUGACUUUCUUUAUGUUUUGUAAAGGUUAUGACAUUUAACGAUAUAUCAAGUUUAAAUCGUUUGAAGCACGGAUGCAUUGACUAUAGGUUAAACUAAAAGGAAACGUGAAACAAUGUCGACGAUUGUGCAAGCUAACAACUGGAGCUAUUAUAGAUGCAAUCUUAGUAUUUAUUUUCGAACUAGUCAUACGCUUGACACUGUCGAAAUGAUACUGUACAUGGAGCAUUUUCUAUAUAGUUUUUUAGGACUGAUCGUAUAUAUGUUGUAACGGAACAACAAUAUAAUUCUUUUUGAUACAUGUCUAAUAAAUAACGUUUGGACAACUUAUGUAUUGUAUACUGCGCUUGCGUACUUUUAGUUUCUGCCAAGAAAGUGCUGUUAAUAAACCAUUAAACAAUAGGUUUUGCUCUGAUUAGCGUUUAUUUAAAAACAAUAUCUUAAGGUUGAACUUUGUUUGUAUACUGUAUUUUUUUCGUGUAAAGAUAAGUGUUAAAUUCUUCGGAAAAAUUGGCGUAUGAUAUUUGUUUCAUAUAGUAAGCAUAUAAGUCAGAGUUUUCACGUCUGUCUGAACACUUUCUAUCUUAUGAUAUAAAAGUGAUUAAUAUGACGACAUAGAGCAUGAGUUGAAAAUGCGAAGAAGAAAAAUAAUUUUACUUUUCAUAAUCAUUUUUGGUUUACAGCUACUUUCGGGAAUAUGCUACCUUGCGGACGAUCAUCACUCAAAUCCAAAUGAAGGAAGUGCCAGAAGUAAUAAAGAGGGAAAAUGUGACUCUUCAUUUGACACAAUGGUGAAUAAUACAAAUAGGUUAGACAAACUUUAUAGAGGAUGUAGAACAUUGGGCUAUUCGGUAGAUGCAAAUUCAACGGAUAUUAGGGCACACAUGUCACCAAACCUAAAACUUUUGUACUGUAGAGUUAAUAAAUGUGCAUCCACAAUGACAUUAGAAUUACUUAAACAGUUGUUUAACUGUGACACAGAAUGCUUAAUAAAAAAUGCUGAACGGGUUCGUCUAGAAAAAAACGCACGACAAAUGAUGGAUGAUGCAUUUUCAUUUAUGGUUGUCCGUGAACCUUAUGGCCGUUUGUUUUCCACUUACUGCAAUAUUUUCUAUUUUCCGAAGGAAGAUUGGCUUUACAGAGGAACUAAACUCAUUCAACUUACACGAUCAAAUAUUUCAAAUAACAGUCUUAUGUAUGGGCAUGAUUUAACAUUUUUUGAAUUAGUUAAAUAUACUGUGCAUACAUUUGAAAUCGGUAAUCGUUUAGAUGAACAUGUCCGACCAAUGCACCAUAAAUCCUGUAAUCCAUGUGUUUUUAAGUUCGAUUAUAUUGCACAUCUUGAGACCCUAAAAAAGGACUAUGAUUUCAUGUUUAAUAAACUGCACGAGGAAAAAUCAUUAGGAAUGUAUUGGGAAGAUAUUGUAAUAUCUUUAAAAAAUUGGACUACUUUAGGACCUGUAAAGCAUUUAUUUAGAAUUAUUCCUCUGUUGAAAGGUUCAAGUAUAUCUCUUUAUGAUGUGUACCUUCGUGCAUGGUGUUAUUACCAAAUUACAGGACAUGUAUUAAAUGCAAUAAAUUUUCCAUUUAAUGAAAGCGAUGUGACUGACAUUAAAAAAGAAGACUUUAUAAGAGAGUUGACUAAAGCAAUGAAGAUAUCAGCAAUUUAUAAAGACAAAUUAAAAUCACAGAAAGUGGAAGCGAUGACUCAGGCGUAUUCAACAAUAUCUGAUGAAUAUAUGGAGAGAUUAAGCAAUGUCGUAUUAGGCGACUGUCUUUUAUUUGGAUAUGAAAACAAACCGGCACAUCUAUUUGAUAAAACUAGUUGUUUACAGAAGAAAUCAGAAUUUGAUUAUUUUAAGGGUUUGUGAAUCCUUUCAGACAAUAUUUAUAGUCAUUUAUAAGCAGCAUUAGUAGAAUCCAUAUAUUAUGCCACCGUUAAAAGAUUUUGCAGAGGCGCAUACCUAAAUAUAUUCAUUAUUAUUUUCCAUUCAAUUCUUAAUAACGUACAAAGGCAAGUACGACAAAUUAACAUAAAAGUUAUAUUCAGCAGUAUAAUUGUAGUAUGUGUGGUUUCUGUUACAUUUUAUGUCUACAUUCAGUAAUUCUUAAAACCCUUUGAGAAUUAUUUGCUUUGCGUUUCGACGAGCAACUUAAGUAAUUCUUUUUUUUCAUUUUCUUACUAUCUACGAGUAAUUGUCACGCCAGCUUUUCUUGAUACACGUGAUGGCUUAAAAGUGCAUCAACGUACUUUCGAUUCAUAUCAUAUUUCCGUUCCUUGAAAAUUUUUAAUAUCAUUCUACUCUUAAUUGUUUUACAACGUUUCCUUAUUUGAUACUUCAAGCUUUCCCGCUUUUCACAUUUGUAAUCUUAUAGCUGUCUGUGAUACGCCGGCUACAUUUCCUUUCAAUUCCUCGUAAAAAUGCGUUUCUAUAUAGUUGCUGCCAUGUUUUUCUUUUUCAUUUAGGGAUCACAUAAUCUUGUGGGAACAUCACUAAUAUCAUUAUUUAUAAAUGAUUAAAACACAGACAUUGAAUAUAGCAACGGGUGAUAAUUAGAAGCUCAGAGAAGUGUGUUAUUUGUAAAUUGGUCUCUGGUCAUUUUUUACUAGAACACCGAAACUUUUACAGAUAUACGAUGCAGCCCCUUCCCCUGUGCAGAAAUAUGAAAGUUGUCCGUCUAUGUGGAGAUUGGAAUGCCUUUUUGCAGACAAAACAUUCAGCCUGAAUAUGCUAAAUGGAAAAUAACAUGCACAGAAAAUGAAUCAAAUGAGACCGUUCAACAGCCAUUCAUAAAAUAUUUUUCUGAAAUAGCUUAUUUACAUAUUGAAAUUGCGCAAUAUUUAAAGCGUUCUAUUUUCUUCCAUAUGAGAAUCGACCAUUUCAGUAGUCGAAGCUUCCUUCUCCAUAUUUGGAAACUGCAAUAUUGACCAUAUAAUAAAUCACUUACUGAUUUCAAUUAAUAAAUAUUGUGCAUAAUUUUAAAAUAUACAAUUAGUGGAGCAUAAAUUUGAAAAUCUCUCGAUAUCAAUUGGAUGAAAAUAUCCGGAAAGUGAAGAAUGAACUAUAUGAUAGUUACUUUUCUUGUAUCCUUUGAAUAAAUGCUGAUACUUGCUAGCCAUAAAUAUAUAAAAUACGCUGUGUUUUAUUUCAAAAUCAGAACAAACAAACUUAAAUGGGUUACAUGUGAGAUUUAAUUCAAACAUAUCAAAGAAUUAUCCAUCUGAUUUGUUUACUCUCCAUUCAUACAUAGUCUGAAGCUAUUUGUUGUCUUUUAAUCUCUCUACCAAAUAUUUACAUCUUGCACAAUUACCUUCACAGCUUUCUUUGAAAUUGUAGGAAAUCGAAUUUUAAUUAUGUAUUGUCCGGUUUUAUAGUGGUGAAGUAGAAAAAAAAAAAAUCGUAAUAUAUACAACUAAAAUAAUGUAUUUUUUAGGAUUGAAAUAAUAAUCCAGCUGGCUAUUUUGUUGAAUAUAUUCGGAAUGAACACAAGCAAAUCAUCAAUUCAAAUAAAGUAGAAAUAAAAAUAUGUUUAGCAUAUGUUUUUAGUUUGUUUGCUGUGUGUCACACUAUAUAUGUUUCUGUCACAAAUCAUUUUCUUGAAAAUGUACCGCUUGACUAGAAGAACUGCUACCUAUGUAAUAGUACAAACAUUUUAAUCACGUGGUACAUUUGCAUUCAUAGUAAAAUACCCCAAUUAUUGGCGUAUGGUAAUUGUGCUAACCCUAACCCCCACACACAGGCGCGCGUACACACACAAAUACAUACACAUGCGGUUAAUAUACGUGCGCCCAUUAUAAUAAAGUUAGGGUAUUUAUAAAAGCUGUCAGUUAACGCAAUUACUUUAAUAGUGUUUUUUUCUUUUAAACUGUGAGAUUGGAGAGUAAAGAUAAAUCAAAUUAGAAUGGAAAUACAGAUAAUGUUCUUUUAAAAUAUGCUUUCAUUUGGAUGGCAAAUAUACAUAUUCAUUUUACAUUAUCACAUAUUAUACCCUCUGUUUAUGGUUACAUAUAUAACUUCUUUCAAUCUGUAAAAAUGUUAUUAUGGAUAAAAGUCAAGAUGUUCCGUUUACGUAUUACAUGUAAGUUAUCAUUUACUUUGCCAGGAGAGUUUAAGGCUUGGACAUUUUUUUACACAUUCAGAGAAUCCGCGAUUUGUAUUUUAAUAAGGUAAUAGCUAUCAGAAAAGAAGUGUAGAAAAAAAUGAAGUCAUAUCUUUAUUUAAUUAUUUGCUUGAAAUUAUGCCAAAUUGUUGUAUUACCAUAUUGCAACGUUUGCAGAAAAAUUACGUAAUUUGGCGUUUGCCAACAAAAAUAAAAAAAAUUCUAGAUUUAGGGAAUGGGUUUAAUUCGCUAUUAUCUCUAAACAUAAUUAGUUUUCUCAUGUUGAGAUACAUGUAAAUAAACACUUAAUAAAUUGA